GAAAACCAGAGACGCAUUGGCGAUUGUUAUUUCUAGCGAGGUGAAUGUUUGGAAUUUAACGGGUGAUGCAAGUUAUCAUCAUAGGGCAGAGAUAUCCGAGGUGAAACACUGAAAAUCAUCCUACACACUCAAGUUUCAGGUUGCAGUCACAUAUCAGUACACCGCUUUGGAUCUGUUUCCUGGGUUUGUGACCUUUGACCGAAUGGAGACCACCAAUCAGCCGCAGACCCCCCAUUCUCCCACCCCCACCAAGGAUACUGGACUGAUUCCCCAUUCUCUGGCCGCUCCUGACAUUGUGGUCUUAGUCCUGUACUUUGUGUUUGUGAUGGCUGUAGGACUGUGGUCAAUGUGGAAGACAAAGAGGAACACUGUGGAGGGGUAUUUCCUUGCUGGGAAGAACAUGGUUUGGUGGCCGGUGGGGGCGUCGCUCUUCGCCAGCAACGUGGGAAGUGGCCACUUUAUCGGACUGGCCGGGUCAGGCGCAGCGGCUGGUAUCAGCGCCACUGCCUACGAGUGGAGCGGCAUGAUUGUGGUGCUUCUGCUUGGCUGGAUCUUCCUCCCCAUCUACAUCGCCUCACGGGUGACGACGAUGCCGGAAUAUUUGCAGUGCCGAUUUGGGGGGAAGAGGAUCCAGCUCUAUAUUGCCAUUUUGUACUUAUUUAUUUAUAUCUUUACAAAAAUAUCGGUGGAUAUGUAUGCCGGAGCCUUGUUCAUCCAGCAGGCUCUACACUGGGACCUGUACCUGGCUGUGGUUCUGCUCCUGGUUGUCACUGCUCUCUACACUGUGGCAGGUGGUCUGGCUGCUGUUAUUUACACGGAUGCCCUGCAGACCGUUGUCAUGCUGGUUGGAGCCAUAAUCCUCAUGGCAUUCAGUUUUGUGGAAGUUGGGGGCUGGGAAGCUUUACUGGACAAGUACCCGGAGGCGAUCCCCACACUAAGAGACCCCAACACUACCUGUGGUAUCCCGCGUGCUGACGCCUUCCACCUCUUACGGGACCCUGUGACCUCUGACCUCCCCUGGCCCGGGGUCCUGUUUGGAAUGACCACCCCCUCCAUCUGGUACUGGUGCACAGAUCAGGUGAUUGUUCAGCGAUCUCUGGCAGCUAAGAACCUGCUCCAUGCUAAGGGUGGUUCCCUGCUGGCUUCCUACCUGAAGACCCUGCCUUUCUUCCUCAUUCUCCUGCCCGGGAUGAUCAGCAGGGUGCUUUUCCCCGACGAGGUGGCGUGUGUGGACCCUGACGUGUGUAAGGAGCUGUGUGGGAACCCUGUUGGGUGCUCAGACAUUGCAUACCCCAAACUAGUGAUGGAGCUCCUCCCCUCAGGUCUGAGGGGUCUGAUGAUGGCAGUGAUGAUAGCGGCUCUCAUGUCCUCCCUCACCUCCAUCUUUAACAGCUCCAGCACCAUCUUCACUAUUGACGUGUGGAAAACCCUGCGCCGCAGUGCCUGCGAAUGGGAGCUGAUGGUUGUGGGCAGGGUGUUUGUGCUGGUUCUGGUUGCUGUGUCGGUGCUGUGGAUCCCGCUGCUCCAGGCUGCACAGGGAGGGCAGCUCUUUAUCUACAUCCAGUCCAUCAGCUCAUACCUGCAGCCGCCAGUCUGCAUCGUUUUCAUGGCCGGCUGCUUCUGGAAGAGGACCACUGAGAUGGGGGCCUUCUGGGGCCUGAUCCUGGGCCUGCUGGUGGGCUGCGUGCGGAUGGUUCUGGACUUUGUGUACCCGGCCCCGCUCUGCCACGAGACGGACUCCAGGCCCAGCGUGGUGAAGUACGUGCACUACCUGUACUUCUCCAUCAUACUGUCGCUUCUCACCGCCUUCAUCACCGUCGUCAUCAGCCUGGCCACCGAGAAACCGUCUGAAGACCAGAUCAGUGGGCUGACAUGGUUCACGCGGUUCGACGACGUGAAGAGGAGGAAUGCGAGUGUGGAGGCGGGGAUCUCCACGGAGCAGGACCCAAAGAACCUUCCGGAGGAGUCGCUGAGCAGCGGGGGAGGUGCUGGCCCAGCGAGGAGGGGCUCCCUCUCCACAGUGGAUGGCAAUGAAGGGGUCAUGUCCCGGCUGAAGUCCGGCCUCCUGUGGGUGUGCGGGAUGGAGCGAGAGGGGACAGAGCCUAGUCAGCAAGCCCCGACCCCUCCAGUGGAGACCGCGCGCUUGCUGGAGGAAGAUCCCAACAUGAGGAACGUCGUCAACGCCAACCUCAUUGUGUGCAUGUCUGUUGCGGUCUUUCUCAUUGGCUACUGGGCCUAGCGUGAGCAGUCUGAACCAAUGACAUCCGAGCACCGAGGAGAAGCCUGGAGACUGGAGUGGUGAGACUGUUUAAAAGGGCGAAUAGGAUCGUGCGGACCAUAACAAAGUGUGGUUGGGUUGACCUGGCCUGGUCUUAUGGAACACGAUAGCAGCGGUCGCAAUUUGGCACAUUGUCAAGAACUGGCAGCUGCUAAUUACUGCCCCUUUAAAAUGGAUAUCAAAUCAAAGCAAAUGCUAAAAAGCUCAAAUCAGUGCAUUGACACAUUAAAUAUUCAAUGUUCAAUAAAUUUUGCAGCAGAUUCAUAUUAAAAGUAUAUUUACUAAAUUACGAUAAUUAUAUUUCUUUAUAAAGUGUUAUGAGCAGCCUAAGCCUGCCCAGUAGAUCUUGACCGCAUGCUGUGACGCUGUGGAUGAAGUUCCUUUUUAGCCAAGUCAAAUAGCGUUUACUGUACAGUUCUUCCCUUUUUACAGACAGAACAAUGUGAAGUUUAUUGAUUACAAAAUCAAUAAAGAGACUGCUUCCUGAUCAGUUAAGUUGAAGUUGAAUUCAGAAAAACAAUAUGCGUCUGGCAAGAUAUUACACAGUGCAAUUCACUUUUUCCCCCUUUUUUAUUUUGAGAUGGGAGCAUAUAAACCAAGAAUACAUUUUAAAUGCGUACAUUUUCUGAAUAAAACGCUAGCUGAGGCUCAAAUACAGCAUGGAAGAUCCAAAUCCCCACCCAUACAAAGGCAAUACGGCGUAUUUGGAAGUUCACUUAAUCCCAAG